CCUGUCUUGGAAUCUUUGCUAAUGACAGGAAUGCAAGGUUACGUCCAGUGAAAAUUGGGUACAUCACAAUCAUGAUACCGGCUGCUCCAGUCAUGUACCUGGGCUGCCCCCGAUGUGACGGCUUGCUCUGCACCCAGGAGACGUAUGCACACCAUGCCGCCAUCUGUGACGGCAACCGUCAGACCUCGUCAUGUCAGCUGUUUGCAUGCCCCAGAGAUAUGUUUCUACAACUUUUCAGCAAAGAUAUCGAACUCGUUUCUGAUUUCUCCAUGUCUGAAGUUGACGACACUGUUCUAAAACAAGGGAAACAUGAAAUUCACGAUCCUUCAACUUCAAGUUCAUUACAUAAAACGAACAAUGUUCAUAUUUUAGGAAGAACUAGAUCUCAGGAUUACACUGUUGAAGACAAAGAUGCUCCAAAUAUUGACUCUCCAAAUAUGGACAUGGCUGAUGUUCGGUUAGAUGUUCUGGGGAAUGAUGUCGACAACAGGCAGUUAACUCUCUCGGAGGCAGAGCAAGAGGCUGAAACUAUGUAUAAAAGUUUUGUUCAAGAAACUGAAAACAUCUUUUCAAAAGAUGAUAAUCAGAUUGAUGCUUGCAUUACGGAUGAAGAGGAAAGUUGCAAGACUGUCCUCGAAACCGAAGAUGCAGUGGAUGAGUGUCAUUGGGAUGAAUUUGUGAAGGACAAUCACACUGUGUAUAGGUGUAGGCUGUGCAGCCAUGAAUCGAACUAUCUGGGGUUUAUGAAGAGACACAUUCGGGCACACAACAAUGGAGAUGUGCUGCAGUGUGACCAGUGUGACUUCAGCACAAUUUGGCGCAGCCAGCUGCAGGUGCACAAGAGCAAGCAUGCACAGCCCAACUUCCUGUGUGAACACUGCCCCAGGAGAUUCAAGAACAAGUCCAGUCUCACCAGACACAGUGCCAAGAAACAUAAUGGCAAAAGCAACUUCUUAUGCACAUAUAGCCAGGACUGUGGAUUUGUGGGAGUCAACAGUGCGAAUCUCCGAGACCACAUGAGAAAACACACAGGAGAACUGCUGUUUUGUGACUAUGGUCAGUGCAAGUUCAUGACCAAGUUUGAAAAGGCACUAGGCCUUCAUAAAGCUAAACACCAGGGAAUAACAAGGUAUGUUUGUGAGAUUUGUGGCUACAAGACCAUAGAGACAGGCAGCUUCAAACGCCAUUGUUUGAUCCACAAUGGCAAGAAGCUGUUCAAGUGUCCCGAUUGCUCAUACAAGGGAACAUCCAGAUAUGUUGUUGUGAAGCACAUCUACGGCAAACACAUUGACCACAAGAGAUAUGCUUGUAAUCGUUGCGAUUUCAAGACAGCUUACUAUAGUGGACUGUCCAUGCAUCUCAUGGCCCAUGAAGGCAUCAAACCCUACAAAUGCAGUCUGUGUCCUUACAGAAGCAAUUUGUCCAACAAAGUCAAAAGGCACUGUUCCCAGAAGCAUGUUCAAAAUGUUGCCAAAGUGAUCAAAGUUGAGAACUGCCUUAAGUUUGAUGUCAAAGAUUAUCUCAAUCCAGAUGUUCAUAAAAUUGAUGUAAAAGUGAUCCGCCUUAACGGGGAUGGUGAGGAAGAACAAGAGGAAGAAGUAGAGGAUGAGGCUGUGGAAGCUGCCACUGCACCAGCAGCUCUUCAUGCAGGCAUUGUGGAGGAAGAAGGCCUUCUGUGUGAAUCUAGGAUCUCAUCCCUGCCCCAAGGAAGCCCCGAUGACCUGGAAGACAUCUCUAUCAUGGGCGGUGGGUUCAAUCUGUGCAGUGACCCAUCCUUUCCUCUAGAUACAGAUACCGUUCCCCAGAGCUUUCAUUCAGAGGAUUCUAACAGUCUGUUUGUAACCAGGAAUGUCCGCUUGGAUACCUCAGCAGGGCCUGUACUCGACCUGAAUAAAUUUCAUGAUGUCCAUAAGGGAAAGAUUCCUUAUCUGGACUCUCCAGAAACCAGCCUUCAGAUGACUGAAGGUGCCGAGCAGAUUUUGUCAGAUAUAUCCGAGAACUUUACAAAUGUAAAGACCAAUCCUUUCAGAAGUGUUGGCUUAGGGUUGAGAUCUGAAAGUGUAGAUAAUCUGUGUCAGAUUAAGUCUCCAAUGUCAAAGUCUACCGAGUCCAUUGAUACACUUGAUCUAGCAACACAAAUAGACAAUAAGAUCAUGCAAUCACAGGAAAUCCCUGUCAGCUUUGAAACCAAGACUCAUCUUCCUAUGUUGUCGGCUUCCUCCCCGCUUUUCCAAGUGAUACAGCUUCCAUCCACCUUACCAAUGAACCAAGCCUCCAAUUGUUUAGCUGAACCUGCCAAACCCCUCCGAAGUUUGCUGUCUCCAGACGUUAUGAAAUCUUUGUCUGGAAAUGCAUCUGAAGUCAACAGCCCAGCUGAUGCCAGUCAACUGCAAAACCAAAUAUCUAUAGUGUUGAAAGUCCCAGCAGGCGGUGGGCAAGCCUCUGGAAAAACCGCUAUCCUCUCCCUUCCGCAAAGUGAUGCAAACCUGUAAUAACGCCUUUACCGUACGUUAGCUGGUUUUCAGAAUGUUUGUCCAGUUGUCAAAAUAUAGUGAAAAUAUAUUACCGUAUUCGACAUAAUAAGCACCCAGAGCGCUCUCAAAAUUAGAAAUAGGGGGCUCUUAUUAGAAUAUUAUUUUGGUGGAAAAAAACAGAGUUGAAAGAUAAAUUUUGUGGCUUAU